UCUUGAUAAUCUGCCUCUGAGCUCAGUCUAUCGUCCCGACCUGAUAAUCAUCAUGUGGCCUUGAGGUGCGUCACGUGGUCAUGUGGCACCGGGUGCGCGCUCAGCGGCACUGCGCGUUCAUGUAAUGGGGAAGCGGACACCGUUACACAGGGGAGAGCAGGAAGUUUCACCCGUAGCCCCUGGAAAAGAGAAGAAAGUUUGUGUCUUUGUCAACAUGACAGACACUGAUGGUUACCAUGAGCAGCUUCAGAGAGACACUCACUUCCUGUGCACAGACCAGAGGAUGGACACUGAGCUGGUUGACAGACUGGUGCUGCAGCUGAACAGGACAUACCCACAGAUACUCUGUGACAAGGAGGCUCACAGGUUCAGGAACCUGAGAGUGCCCACCAAGGUGCGAUUAGCCGAUCUGCUGAAGGAUCUGUAUAGGAAAGGCGAGGAGGCAUGUCAUGAAUUCUACAGAGGACUUCACAUCCAUGCAGAGGAGGUGUACUCCAGCCUUCCCUCUAGAGUUAGACACAAAGUGGCAGAAAAACCCAUCAUACUACCUCCUACAGAGAUGUCAGACUCCAAGUGGACCAACAGUGUGGAAGUCAGCCCAGAAAGAUAUGUGCUUAAUGAAAGAGGUCCCAUUUUCUUCCUGAGCUGUUUUAGUUUUGUUGCUGGCAUUGCAAUGCUCUACUAUUGUGGAGAGGGAGAAACAUUGAGAUCUACCAGUCCUUUUCUUCAAUGCUCUGCUGCAAGACUUAGUAAAGGUGCUAAAGAUAUUUUACUUGCCUAUACUGAGGCUGGAAAGCACAAAAAAUGAGACAAUUGAGUUGGUCCCAUGAGAUGGAACUAUGAAAUUUGCCAUUUUUCAGUGCCAAAUUCAUACAUACUUACAGAACCAUACUUGUAUGUACUCAGUGGGGUUUUUUUUGUGUUUUUUUUUUAAUCUCUGGAAGACUCAAAUUGACAUUAUUCUAGGAGUGUCCUAAACUCACACAGUGAAACAGAAACAUACCUCUUGUAAGUAAGAAUUUUCUCUUUUACAUUAAAUGUAACCCAAUAACUUGAAAUUAACAAUGUAUUUUACACAUGUCAGUUUCAUAAUACAUAAUAUAUAUCUUUUGUAACCCGCUGAUCCAAGUGCCUUAUGAAACUGAGAAAAUGUAAAGAUUAACAGUACUAUAAAUAUGUUAAAAUGUGUCAAAAUAAAACUUAAAAAACAUUGACUUCA